CGUCCAUUUGUCCAUUUGCGUUUGCCUGGUCGGCCCCGCUCCCCCGCAACUGACCACGCCAUCAUUUCAUUGGUCUUCACGGAGUGGUCCCAACCCCACGCCGCAGAGCAGCACACAGGAUCUACGUCAUAGGCCACCUUUGUCCCCUCCCUGAUCUCAGAUCGGCUCGUAGGAUAUGCGUCAUCGGGUGGCGACAGACUUACGGCUCCUGUGGGUCUCAUAUCCGCCGUCAUGAAGGCCGCGGAGUUGGUGGAGCAGCCCCAGGCGCCGAUGGAGGGAGAGUCGCAGGGAGAGGCAGAGCUGAAUGCAGAGGCGGCGGAGGAGCAGGAGGAGCCCGAGGAAGCGGCUUGCAACAGCAGCAGCAAGAAGAAGAAGAAGAAGGUAGUGCCGGGUAUCGUGUACCUGGGACACGUCCCGCCGCGAUUCCGGCCUCUGCACGUACGCAACCUGCUCAGCGCCUACGGUGAAGUGGGACGCGUUUUCUUCCAGGCCGAGGACCGCUUUGUGAGACGCAAAAAGAAGGCAGCAGCGGCCGCGGGAGGAAAAAAGGCAGCUAAAUACAGCAAGGACUAUACAGAAGGCUGGGUGGAAUUCCGUGACAAGCGCGUAGCCAAGCGAGUGGCAGCCAGUCUACAUAACACGCCCAUGGGUGCCCGCAGGCGCAGUCCCUUCCGUUAUGACCUGUGGAACCUCAAGUAUUUGCAUCGUUUCACUUGGUCCCACCUCAGCGAACACCUUGCCUUUGAGCGCCAGGUACGCAGGCAGCGCCUAAGAGCAGAGGUCGCCCAAGCAAAGCGAGAGACUGACUUCUAUCUUCAAAGUGUAGAACGCGGAAAGCGCUUCCUUGCAGCUGAUGGGGAUGCGACUCGCCCGAAUAGCUCCUGGACCUUUGCUCAGCGUCCCACUGAGCAGGAGCUGAGAGCCCGGAAGGCAGCGCGGCCAGGAGGGCGGGAACGAGCUCGGCUGGCGAAUGCCCAGGACCAGGCCCGAUCCAACAGGGGGCUCCUUGCCAGGAUCUUUGGAGCCCCUCCGCCCGCCGAGAGCAAGGAAGAAUCAUAACCAGUAAAGGACUACUGAUGGAAAAAGAAGUCGCUUUUACCUGCCAGCCCCGCCCUCUGCUGGUCUGCCUCUGGCAGGCGGAAAUGGAGUGUCUAAGUGGAUGUUUUCUCUCUAUUCCGUAGACCAAGAGUCUGGUAAAAGGCUUUUUUUUUUGGUGGCCUCUUUUUACCCACUCUGACCAAAUCCUGUAAGUGCCCAGCUGAGAACUGACUCUUACUAUCCAGGAUGAUUGCUACCGGAAGUGCCUGUUGGUUUUUGUUUAACUUCUGGUUCCUGCCUCUUUCUCUGGGCUCCUAACAAUUUCUGUCUCAAAGAGCGGAUUUGCCUUCCACCAGAGUAGUAAUAAUAAGCCCAUGUGGUCUGUGGUGUUCAUCCACUGUGGUGGGGCAGAAUUGACAGGAAUUGGGUUAGUGGCCCAAUUUGAAAUUUUUGUUUGAAAAUAAAAACUAAUUAUUUUUAUAUGCCUUUUAGUUUUUCAGGUGGGAAUCAUCAAGUAGGUGUCAACUUCUUUUGAAGCCAAGCAUGCUACUUAGUUACCCUGGUGCAGACAUGAUCCUAGGCCACCCCUGACUCUCACUGACUAGCAGAUAUGAAACCAAUGCUCCUCAGACCUUUUUCAUUUUCAGAUAGGGCCUCACUCAAGUGUUCAGGCUAGUCUUGAGGUCAUUCUUUAAGUUGCUCAGGUAAGUCUUGAGCUACCUCUACGGUCAGAUAGGCCCAGAACUUCAAAUCCUGUCUCAGCCUCCCCAGUGGCUGGGAUUAUAGGUCUAUGUACAGAAAGCACGUAGGUGGAAAAGGUAUUUACUACUAGAUGUAGGAGAAAAGACACUUGGCUGGCAUAUGAGCCCUUCCCGGGGCCAUUCCACCUGCCUUUCCAGCCACUGUUCCUCAGUCCAUUCCCCGGCCUCAGUCCUGCCCAACACUGUAUUUCUGUCACAUGGACCACCUUCCUCAGCACCUUCUGAAACUGCUCUUCUGACGGCCUGACUCCCUGGCUCCUCCUCCCCUCCCUACACGCUCAGGCCCAUUUCUUCUUUGAGAUCAAGUCAAACAGGAUGCCAGGCUGGCUUCCCCACCUUCCCCUCCUCAGGUGGGUUCUGUGGUGCGAAAGCAUUGUCUGAUUGCUGGGGUAGCAUUCUUCCUGCUUUACAGUAAUGGUUGACAUUUGCUUCCCUGGUGUUACCAGGAACGAAGAUCCAACUUUAUCUCUCACUCCUUAGGGUUUCAGUUUGGUUGACAAAUAAAUAUUCAUUAACUCAGUUGCUGUGAGGAGAGAUAUUAUAAAAAUCCUAAAUAAAAAAAAAAAUCCUAAAUAA